GUGGGAAUAUAUUUAUUUAUAUAUAGAAAUGCAUUGAAAGAUAACAUAUUUGUUUAUGUGGCUUUAAACCAUGAGUUUAUUGACGAAAAUUAUUAUUAUAAGUGUAGCUCUUUUAUUAAGAGCUGCUACUUCUUUACAUGGUUAUUCAGGCCAAAACAAACCCCCCUUACAUGGGGAUUUUGAAGCACAAAGACACUGGCAAGAAAUAACAGUAAAUUUGCAAGUUCAAGAAUGGUAUGAGAAUUCUACUGAUAACGAUUUGUUAUAUUGGGGCCUUGAUUACCCUCCAUUGACUGCUUAUCAUAGUUUUCUGUGUGGAAAAAUUGCAUCUUAUAUCAAUAAAAAUUAUAUCAAAUUGCAUUCAUCUCGAGGAUUGGAAGAUGGUCAACAUAAACUAUUUAUGAGACACACAGUUCUAGUUGCUGAUUUGUUGAUUUUUAUACCAGCAAUUACAUAUUUUUUUAAGAUAUUUAAUUGCUUGUAUUCCAAUGGAAAAAAUGCAGAAAGUAAUGAAAUAAUUAAAAGCGCUUCUCUGAUUAUGACUUUAUUCUAUCCUGGUUUGAUAUUGAUUGACAAUGGGCACUUUCAGUAUAAUAACAUUAGUUUAGGUCUUGCUAUUUUAGCAAUAGCUUAUUUAAUGAAAAAUGAAGAUUACAAGGCUAGUAUAGCAUUUGUGUUCGCAUUAAAUUACAAACAAAUGGAAUUAUACCAUGCUUUCCCAAUAUUUGUGUACUUACUUGCUGGUAAUAUUCACCAUAAAUCUAAAAUUAGUGGACUAUUUGAAGUUUUGAAACUUGGUGCAGUGGUGAUAUUAACAUUUGUGGUCCUUUGGCUGCCAUUUAUCUGGAAUCUUAAGAUAUUUACUCAAGUUCUUCAUCGAAUAUUUCCUUUUGCAAGAGGGAUUUUUGAAGACAAAGUUUCAAACGUAUGGUGUGCUGUAAAUGUUUUAGUGAAACUCAGAACAUUAUUUGAUACAAAACAAUUAGCAACCUUAUGUACUGUAACAACAUUGAUAUCAAUUAUUCCAAGUAAUUUAAUGUUGUUUAUUUAUCCUAACAAAAUCAAUUUAAAAUAUUCAUUGUUUACAACUUCCUUAUCGUUUUUCUUAUUUUCAUUUCAAGUUCAUGAAAAAAGCAUUCUAUUAGCAGCUCUUCCGGCUUUAUUAUUAUUUAAGUUCGAGCCAUUGUUUGUAUAUUGGUUUUCUUACAUCAGUUGCUUUAGUAUGCUUCCUUUAUUAAUCAAAGAUCAGUUGUAUUCAAUAUAUUUAGUUUUAAAUGUGUUUUAUGCAAUGAUUUUUGUGUGGUAUAGUUUGAUCUACCACUCGGGAAAUAUUCAUGACAAUAUUUUUACAUUAUCUUGGAAUUUGAGAUCUGAAGGAUCAAAGUCAAGGUCUGGCUCGUGGAUUUUAAAAUUACUUUUUCACAUAUCUAUAAUUAGCACUGUUAUUCUAACAUUUUCAUCAGUGUUAAUAAAGCCUCCAGAAAAAUAUCCUGAUAUUUUUCCACUUCUUAUAUCUGUGAUUUCGUGUUUGCAUUUUUUAAUGUUUCUUUUGUAUUUCUCGGUGAAGUUGUUCUGUAUUAAUUUAAAGAAAAAUGAUACAAAGUGCCAAUGA